AUGGGAAAUUAUAUAUCUAUAUUUCAAAUCCCCCUGGUCCCACGGCUGUGGGAUAUACAACCACCAUCCAGGAGGGUCAUUACUGAUAAAGAAUGUAUAACACAGCCUUCGAUGAACAGGUUAGUGGAUAGUUGCAGCUGGUAUCACUAUAGAGUUAUGUGGGAGUGGGGGUUUACAUGUAACAGGGUUUAAAAUGAAAGUUGUGACUUUAUUGAUUAUUAGUUUUAUGAUUUUUUUCACUAGGCUCAUUAUGAAAUCAAUGAAUGAUUACUAUAGUAAUUAAAAUUAUAAUGAUCAGAAUACCUAUGUGACUUUAUUAAUCACAUUUUCUUCCUUAAUUAGGAUACAUCGAAAAGAAAAUAAACCCCAAAGCAUACCUCUAGGGGGCAAAUGGUGUCCUGGACAGAGCCAUGAAAAAACGGCUUACUGCAGCCACAUGAAGGCUAAACCAUGGACCAAGAGUCUGCUUGAUGACAUAGAUCAGACAAGUGUUUGGAAGCUCAGGUAAAUGUAGCAUGACACACAGAAUGACUGACUAUAACGCUAUAAGGUUAUCUAAACCAACCCACAGUGUACUCCGUGAACCAGAACCCUACUUCUAACACUCGCUGUCUGUGUAAGCAAGAAGCCAGUGAGAGAAGUAUUGCAGUGAAUAACUUAACUGGUUUCUCUAAAUCAAAGUCACAAAUUGUUUGAGACUACUACUGCAAUAUGACUUGCCAGACAUCGCCUAAUUUCAUUACGGAAUAUAUUUUACUGUAAACAGAAACUUAUUGUAAAAGAAAUCAUUUAAAGUAAAAACAACACAACCAAUAUGUGAUCACUGAAAAGACAGGUGCUAUCAUAAUGUUAUUAUAAAUGGAGUAUGAUUGACAGAUAGAGAAGGACAGGGCAUCCGAUGGAGAGUAGGGAUAGGAUGUAUGAUGUGAGGAAGAGAGAGAAAGAGAGAGGAUGGAUUGAUAGAUGGAAAGGAAGAAAAGAACACAACUACUGACAUUAUUUUGUUUUGUCACAAUUUCUUUAUUGAAAGUUUUGUUCACAUACAAAUAUGUCAGUACAUAGCAAGCACUGGUACCAUCAUGUUUUAGCAAAAGUUCAAAAAAUACAAUAAUGCAUUUUCCACUGAGGUGUACGUGUAACAGUGCUUUCUUUCAAAUAUAACGGAAAGCAAAUCAGAAAUAAUGAGAAAACUGCAAAUUAAACCAUCUAAAUUCAUAAACGCCUGCUAUAGUGUAAAAAUCAUGUCUCCUACUUGCUUCUAUGUUCUCUGAAAUAUAUUCUGGGAAUAUGCAAACUCAAGAACUCUUUGUAUCCCCAUUGUACCUUUUAUCGAUAUCCAUUUGGGCUUAAGAUCUAACUGUAAAGCAAUAAAGUGAAUAGGUGAGAGCAAACACACAGAAUGGUAAAAUACUACCACUUUAAAAUCUUGAAUGGCAAAUGGUAGCUGUCAGAUAUAUAUUGCUGAGCCUAUUCCUAGCAGGCUCAGACUUUCAAGGCUCUUCAAUAUAUAACCUCCGGAUUGCUGCUUACUGGAUCUGCUUAGUCCCAAGAACAUGACUUCCAAACUUGCAUAAGUGAAAAAAACACUAUUUAGUGGGCACACAGUGCGAUAUGUAAAACACUAAGAUAAAAAUAAGUUUAAAAAAUAAAGCACAGUAAAAAUAAAGACAGGAGGAGGCCCAGUGUAUUCCUUUCAUUGGAUGCAGAAAAAUCAUUUGAUAGGCUACACUUGGCCUUCCUUUUAUCAGUUCUUAGGAAAUAUAAAUUUCCCUCGAUGUUUUUGUCAAUGGUAAAACCAUUAUAUAGUAAUCCAAGUGCAAAGAUAUCAAAGUUUUGGAUUCCUAUAAUAACUGUUCGUAUUAUAAAUUAAACUUAACGAAAACACAAGCUAUGGGGUUAAAUAUGUCUAAUCAGGAUCUACAGAAUAUAGAACAAAAUUUUAGAUAUGAUUGGAGAUCCGAUCAUCUUAAAUUCUUAAGGGUUGCGUUCAUGCCAAGUACGAGCAAAUUAUAUAAGGUUAAUUAUACUAAAUUAUACGAGGAUAUUAAGAACCUAUUACUAGGGUGGAAGGGGAAAUUUAUCUAUUGGUCUGGGUGAAUAGCGGCUGUAAAGAUGGUAAUUAUACCUAAAUUUCAAUACUCAUUUAGAUCCCUACAGACUGCAGUUCAUUCCAAUUAUUUUAAGGAAGUACAGAAAAUUAUUAUAUAAUCAUAUAAAAAUGCUUAUAUCUGGAGAAACAAAUGCCCGAGAAUUGUGGUCUCUAUAUUAUAUAAACCAUUUGAACAAGGAUAAAUGAGUGCACCUAAUAUUAGAUUAUACUAUCACGCUUCAGUAAUCAGUUCUUUAAUCAAUGCCCAGUCUAGCAUUUCUUUACCACAUUGGGCACAAAUAGAAUCAGACCAGAUACAAAAUUGUCAAGUGACAUCAUUGAUAUGACUGCCAAAAACACUUAGGCCUAAAUUGACCCAAAUGCUACCUCUAACGGUCCUUACUGUACAAAUUUGGGCUUUAUAGAGACAUAGACAUUCAUCGUAUGGGCCCAUUUCAUCUGCUAUGCCUAUUUCAACACUUUCACAACGUUUAAUUAUAAAUCAUGGGGAAAAUAUGGAGUUAGAUUUCUAUAUCAGGUAAUUCACGGUAAAGAGGUAGUAGACUUUUAAAUUUUGAAAGUAAAAUAUAACCUUACUAAUAUAGCAUACUAUUCAUAUUUACAACUUCAGUCAUGGAUGCGUAGGCUUUUUGUAUUAGACCCAAAUAAUAAAUAUGGGCAGCAAUUGACUGACCUCAAACAAAUGUGUAUGGGGCUUAAAAAAACAGGAACAUUUUUUCCUUGCUUAUGCCUAUAUGGUUAAAUCAGCACAGCCAAGUUUACAUAACUUCAUGGAGGCAUGGCAUAAAGAUAUGGGGAAAAUUCUUUCAGAAUGUGAAUGGAAUUAAAUCUUUAAAGCACAUAAAAAUAUAACAUUAUGUUCAUAUCAUAUAGAUCGCUGAAGAAAAAUGCUUUACAGGUGGUAUUGCCCCAAACUAAGACUUUUUGGAGAGCGAUUGCAGGCCUUAUUACAUCUUGUACUGGCAUCACCCUUCCUUUAGAGCCAGACUGUUUCUUAUUAAAAAAUGUCCACAGCAACCUCCUAAAAUAGAAUCAAUAUCUUAUUUAUCAUAUAAUAAUUAGUGCAUUAGGAAAUAUAGGUAAAAUUGGUUGAUGACUGAUGAUGUGUAAUCAAAUCAUUAUUGUAUAUGUAAAGUGAUUAUGAAAAAAUGUUAACCCCUUAAGGAUGGCAGGUCCUUGGGGACCCGACUCUAAACGCUGGCGGGUGGCAUAGCACGUCAACACCGUCCUAUUUACUUACCUGCCUUAUCGCGAUGGUGGGACUUGCCUGGCAUCUCAGGGAGUCCCCCUGCUGCUGAUCCGGACCUCAUGGGCCAUGGGAUCGCGAGGUCCUUGCGAGGACCUCACGAUCACAUGGACGAAAUAGCCGUCCAUAGCAGUGCCAGUAGGGGGAGUGCCUGGAUUGACAGGCAGUCCCCCUGCUGCAUGAAAUAAAGUAAAAUAAAAUUUUGACAAAGUUUAAAAUUAAAUAAUAUAUACUUAGAUCAUAUAUAUAUGUAUAUAUAAAUUAUAUAUGAUCUAAGUAUAUAAUAAACUUACACAUACAUACACAUACACUAAGUUUUUCUUUAAUUAAUAUAUAUAUGUAUAUUAUUAUCAAAAUACACGUAGAAUGAUAUUAAUUAAAUAUAUAUAUAUAUAUAUAUAUAUGUAUGUAAAAAAUAAAAAUACUUUAAAAAAAUUAUAUAUAUACACACAUAUAUAUAUAUAUAUAUAUAUAUAUUAAUUCUAUGUAUAUAUUUAUGUAAUAUUUUUACAUAAUUAAGUCAUUUUAUUAAUUACGAUUUGCUGAACCUGCCUUAAAUACCGCUAAAAAAAUACCCAGGCAGAAAGUCCAGAGAAUUCAAUUUGCUAGCACUAUAUUUAACCCUGUAACUUUCCAAGACACCAUAAAACCUGUACAUGGAGUUUACUGUUUUACUCGAGAGACUUCGCUGAACACAAAUAUUAGUGUUUCAAAACAGUAAAAUGUAUUACAACGAUGAUAUCAUCAGUGAAAGUGUAGUUUUUUUGCAUUUUUCACACACAAACGGCAUUUACACUGACGAUAUAAUUGUUGUGAUACGAUUUACAGUUUUGAAACACUAAUAUUUGUGUUCAGCGACGUCCCCUCAGUAAAACAGUACCCAUGUACAGGAUUUAUGGUGUUUUCAAAAGUUACAGAGUCAAAUAUAAGGCUUGUGUUUCAUUUUUUUCCUACUGAAUUUCACUUUGAAAUUUGCCAGAUUGGUUACAUUGCCUUUGAGACCGUAUGGUAGCCCAGAAAGGAGAUUUACCCCCAUGAUGGCAUACCAUUUGCAAAAGUAGACAACCCAAGGUAUUGCAAAUGGGGUAUGUCUAGUCUUUUUUAUUAGCCACUUAGUCACAAACACUGGCCAAAAUUGGCGUUCAAAUUAAUUUUUUGCACAUUUCACACACAAACAAAUAUUAACACUAACUUUGGCCAGUGUUUGUGACUAAGUGGCUACUAAAAAAGACUGGGUUGCAAUACCUUGGGAUGUCUGCUAUUGCAAAUGGUAUGCCAUCAUGGGGGUAAUUCUCAUUUCUGUGUACAGUAAAAAGCAUGAAGCGCUUUUGUAUUAUGGAGAUUAUAUAAUUAUUCACCUUUGGGAAAUUGAAGGGUGUUCCCUUGCGUGCCAGAAAGAAAUGUGUUGCUAUUUAUAAAAGAUAACCAAACAUAGUAUAGACUGUAUAUAAUUUUACAAAGAUUUAUACAAUAAUAUUUAAACUCACAAACAGAGAGCUAUAGACCCAGCUCUGGUAUAUAUUGUUUCUGGGUCCGUUUAGGCGACCCACCCCUAUUAUCAGAACGAAAUUUCUUGUCCUGCAGGGGGGAAUGAAAGCACACACGAUUGCGCAAUAUUGCUGGUGCUAUUCUUAAUAUACAAAGCAAAUUCCCAAGUGGGUACUUACAAUAACUGGAGUCAUUAUUAGUGACUCAAUUCCACAGCGUUGUGCAGAUUUGGGACUGCACUCCCAUCUGUUAAAAAGAAUUCUGGAACCAGGAUAAAGUCAUAAAAAUAAAAGUUUAAUUUAUUGUAAUAAAGUAUAAAAUAAAACAGGCAACAAUGUCCUUUUAAAAACGGAACAAUGUCCUCUAAAACCGGAACGCGUUUCGCCACUUCACCGUGGCUUCUUCAACCGGAGAAAAUGAUUUCAAAGACCCUUGGUUCCUUAUCCUUCUUAAAUACCGCUAAAAACAGUGGGUGAAGGGUUAAAGCAGGUGUACCUCACACGUUGUUACCACCCACAGGUAGAACGUGUGCGGUCCAUGCCUCCCUCUCACCUCACUAUCAGAGACCGCCAGUACUUUUCCUCUCUGGAAUUGUGUCAGCUGUAUUCGUUUUGUGCUGUGUUCUGUUGUAAAUAUUCAAAGGUCUCUUGAUUUCCCGAAUCCAAUUUAGUGUAUUUCUGGUGUUUAUACCUAUUAGAGAGAUCAUUCUCGUAUUUUCCCUUAGGAUGAUUCAGGUCCAUAUCGGGUAAUAUUAACCCAUUGAUUGCCACAGUCCAUGUUAGUUCAUAUAUAGAUAAAUAGAAGAAACAAACAGAAAAAAAGAAGAAGGUGUUUAACAUUCGUUUUUCUUCAUUAAAAAUCAUUUAUACCUGUCAUGACUUGCUUUGGUGUUUAAUCCAGUAAAAUACCUUGUAGCAACAAGUUAGCAGAAAUUUUUGCAGUAUAUAUAUUCCUAAAAGAAUAUAGCUAUAUUUUUUCUAUAUACUGCAAAAAUUUCUGCUAACUUGUUGCUACAAGGUAUUUUAUUGGAUUAAACACCAAAGUUUUGUCUUUGUUUUAUUUUGAUCAAAACGUGUACGUUUUGCUCAGUCCUUUAGGGGUUAAAUAAAAAAUAAAAUAAAAAAAAAGUUGUCCUAGAUUAGUCGAUCUGUAAAUAAAUGUGUGAUCUGUAGAAAUUUAUAAAAUUCUAAUUAGCACUUAAAUCUGUAAGAGAAGGUAGGGCUUAUCUCUUAAAUAACAACCUCACAGAAGUAAUUCCUUUUACAGUCCCUAUUGAUAAAUGUAAGUCAGGAAUCCAGUCCUGUAAAGUUUGGAUAGGGUCUGCCCUUUAGAUGUCCGACAGGCAACGAAUAUUUCUCACCAGUUGAUGCCACACUUGAAGUGCGUAUCUUGUAGUACAUUACAAUUGUUUAGCUAAUAGAGGGGAUUUAUCUAUCCACAAAGGUAUGUGCUAUGUGUUCAGAAGCUACCACUGCAUCCUCCGUAUCCACCCAUUGUUUUCUAAAUUGACUGGAGCACAAUACAUUUUUUUGGGAAGAAUGGUUGCCUGAUGGCAAUGUACUAGGUGAAGGACACCCAUGCCACCUCUCAACCAAUUACAAUACAAGAUCCCUUUUGCCACUCUUGGUUUUUAUGGCCAUUACACUAGCGCAGUAAUUUACCUUUCUAAUUUAAUUUUUUGUCUUAUCUAGAUGUUUACCCUGACCUAUUUAGCAAUGAUGGCUUUUGCUAUCCCCAACACCCAUUUAGUCUAGAAAAAUAACAUCAGGCGAGUGAAUUAUGACCUCACUAAUCACAUUUUCUUUUUUAUUUAGGAAUCAUCAAAAUGAUGAAAAACCCCAAAGAACACUUCUAGGGGGGAAAUGCUAUCCUGGAGAGAGCAAUCUACAAAAACUUGCUACUUCCAAAGAUGACAAAUUACUUAAUGUUACUCGAAAAGAGGCCAAAAAAACUCGAGAGGCUGCAACUGCCGCAGUUAAGGCCACGGAGGAAAAAGAAACAAAAAAGGAUCAAAAUGCUUCCUGGAGCCACAUAAGGGCUAAGCAAUGGAGCAAGAGCUUGCUUGAUAGCAUAGAUUCAACAAGUAUUUGGAAGCUCAGGUAACUGUUACAUGACACAAGUUAAAGAAAUAAUGCAUUUUCCCCUGUGUAGGUGUAUGUGAAACAGUCUUUUGUUACAAAUAUAACAGAAAGCAAAUCAAAAACAAUAAGUAAAAUGUACAUUAAACCACCUAAAUUCUUAAAUGCCUGCUGUCAGGCCCGGACUGGCCAUCGGGCACACCGGGCAAAUGCCCGGUGGGCCGCGGUGGCCAUGGGCCGAGGCCGGUAGGGGAGGUCCCAGGAUCUCCCCUGCCGGUCUAUGCAGGGCCGGCACUCUCUCAGCGCCGGCCCCGCUUUGUGCCACGACGGGCCGGUGAGGAGAUCAAGGAUCUCCCUGACCGGCCCACAUGCGGCCGCCGGCGGGGAGGGAGGGAGACAGCCAGCCAGGCUGGAGAGAGGACUCGGCGGAGCUCUAACUUGCAGCUCCGCCGGGUUCCUCUCGCGAGAUCUGGCGCGUUGCCAUGGCAACGACCGGAUCUCGCGAGAGUGAACUCUAGCCUCACAGGCUAGAGUUCACUCACCCACGAGGACCACCAGGGAACACUGCCACCCUGCCUGCCAGCGUGCCGGACCCCCCCUCCCAGGCUAAAGGUAAGAAGGGAGGGGGGGACAUAAUGCCUGUUUUUUUUUUUUUAUUUUUUUUAUUUACCCCCCCCCUACACACACACACAAUAACAUUUAUACAGCACUCUCACACCCAUCACACACAGCACUCUCACACCCAUCACACUCACAGCACUCUCUCACACAGCACUUUCACACACAGCACUCUCUCACAGAGCACUCUCACACACACACAGCACUCUCUCACACGGCACUCUCACACCCAUCACUCACACCGCACCCUCACACACACACAUACUGCACCCCUCACAUACACACAGAACCCCCCCAACACACUGCACCACACACAUACACAAUACUUCCAAAUAUAUAUAUGUGUGUGUGUGUGUGUGUGUGUGUGUGUGUAUAUAUAUGUAUAUACACACACACACACACACACACACACACACAACACUCUUAAAGGACCACUCUAGCCACCCAUAACACUUCAGCUUAAUGAAGUGGUCUUGGUGCUAGGUCCUUCUAGGGUUAACCCAUUGUUUUAUAAACAUAGCAGUUUCAGAGAAACUGCUAUGUUUAUCAAUGGGUUAAGCCUUCCCCCAAAGCCUCUAGCAGCUGUCUCAUUGACAGCCGCUAGAGGUGCUUGCGUGCUUUUCACUGUGAAAAUCACAGUGAGAGCACGCAAGCGUCCAUAGGAAAGCAUUAUAAAUGCUUUCCUAUGCGACCGGCUGAAUGCGCGUGCAGCUCUUGCCGCGCGUGCGCAUUCAGCCGACGGGGCGGAUCGGAGGAGGAGAGCUCCCCGCCCGGCGCUGGAAAAGGUAAGUUUUAACCCCUUUCCAGAGCCGGGCUGGAGGGGGUCCCUGAGCCACAUAUGCAUCACAUUACACCACAAACACAACACGACUAAAACCGACCUUAUUACACAAUACCACACCACGACCAGCUCACUCUACACACACGCAAUACCACAAGCAGGCUCCAAACACAUGCACAAUACUCUUUCCUGGCCUUUUGUCUCCUGGUAUCCAUUUAUAGAGACACCAGAGACAAGUUGCAAGGAAACACAGUGCAAGCAUGUUAUUAAAUUUGCUUGCACUGUGCAGAACAAAUACAGGACUUUUUUCUCAUGCUAGAGCUCUUCAGCAGAGCUCUGCGCAUGGUCUGCCCUGGAAGAGCAUUGAACCAACAUGCUCACUUUGAGAGGAGGCGUGUUUGUCAUUGGUGAUGACAAAACACACCUCCUAUGCCCCGCCCCCUUUUUAGUGGGCCGCUGUGUUAAAAAAAUGCCCGGGCCGAAUUUUUCUCCCAGUCCGGCCCUGCCUGCUGUAGUGUCACAAUCAUGUCUCCUACUCUAUGUUCUCUGAAAUAUAUUCUGAGAAUAAACAAACUCAAGAACUCUUUUCUAUCCCCAUUGUACCUUUUAUCUGGACCCAUUUGGGCUUAAUAUCUGACUGUGUUGAUCAUAAGAGGAAGAUUAGUAGGGAGUUGAACUUUAAAAUGUAAAAAAAACUUUCACAAACUUUUUUGUUUUCAAGAAUAUUCAUUGCACAAAUUUGUAAACUGUAUGUUAGAAAGAGUUCUCUCAAGGCUCCAUUAGAGACUACUACCUCUGUCUCUCUAACACUCUAGCCCCCAUUCACAUGACAGGUGUAUAGUCGCCAUUUUGGGCAGUCGGAAUCCAGGACAACAACCCCAUAACCUAACCCAAUAACGCACGGACACUAAGGGAUAUGGGGAAAUUUGUCCACAGCUUUAUUAAGCAAACAAUAAUAAUAACAAUAAUAAUAAUAAUAAUAAUAAUGAUAAUAACUUAACAAGUAAAACAUGGGUCAUUGCCCCCCAUACUUCGCCCUCGCAUCCUAUUCCUUCCAUUAACAUAUAAAGGGCAAUGACCCCCAUAUAAAUAAACAUAUAUAUAUAUAUAACAUACAUCAACAUUAUUCCAAUCGAUGUAAAGUGCCAACCAUCCAUUAGCCACGGCAGGGGUAUACCCGGAUACCCCUACCCCACCAGGUUCUGAGCCACCGACAGGACUCGAAACCUAUCAACCACCGAUGACCACCACUUGUUUGUUUUCCAUUACGUUCAUCCUGGGGAGCCUAUUUCCUUUCCUUCAGCUCCCCAUCCCGCCGCUGUGAAAAAACGGGACAAAACCACGCAUAACAAAACAGGGAGGGUGGGAGGGACAAACUUACCCAGGUAGGAAAUUAGAAUGACUUACCUAAAAUGGCUGCCCAUUUAAAUAACCAAACCUACUUACCCAUAACUCCACUCUCUUGCUUACUUCCUCCUAAGCCCGCCUCCUAACCCCUGUCAGGGCCUUUUUCCGCUUAGCUGCGCCUGGCUACAUGGGGCUACAUGACAGGUGUAUAGUCGCCAUUUUGGGCAGUCGGAAUCCAGGACAACAACCCCAUAACCUAACCCAAUAACGCACGGACACUAAGGGAUAUGGGGAAAUUUGUCCACAGCUUUAUUAAGCAAACAAUAAUAAUAACAAUAAUAAUAAUAAUAAUAAUAACCCCUUAAGGACGGAGCCAAAUGUACACAGUGUGAACGAAACAAAAUGUAAACAAAACCUGGCAUUUGCGCUACAUGUCUGUCCAACCGUAAUACACCUCUUUCAUAGUAAAUGCACCCACCCUUAUUAUAUAUCAUUUUAUUCAGGGGAAACAGGGCUUUCAUUUAAUAUCAAAUAUUUAGCUAUGAAACAUAAUUUAAUAUGAAAAAAUGGGAGAAAAUAAGAUUUUUUUGAUUUUGUUUAGUUCUACAUGACAUUUUAACUGUCAAUGUCAUAAUACUGUUUGCUUUUACUGCAAUAAAAUACACAUAUUUGUAUUCAGCAAAGUCUCACGUGUAAAACAGUACCCCCUAUGUACAGGUUUUAUGGCGUUUUGGGAAGUUACAGGGUCAAAUAUAGCACGCUACAUUUGAAAUUGAAAUUCGCCAGAUUGGUUAUGUUGCCUUUGAGACUGUAUAGUAGCCCGGGAAUGAAAUUUACACCCAUAAUGGCAUACCAUUUGCAAUAGUAGACAACCCAAGGUAUUGCAAAUGGGGUAUGUCCAGUCUUUUUUAGUAGCCAUUUGGCCACAAACACUGGCCAAAGUUAGCGUUAGUAUUUGUUUGUGUGAAAAAUGCAAAAAACGCCAAUUUUGGCCAGUGUUUGUGACUAAGUGGCUACUAAAAAAGACUGGACAUACCCUGUUUGCAAUACCUUGGGUUGUCUACUAUUGCAAAUGGUAUGCCAUCAUAGGGGUAAUUUUAAUUCUUGGGCUACCAUAGGGUCACGAAGGCAACGUAACCAAUCUGGCGAAUUUUAAUGUGAGAAAAAUGAAACACAAGCCUUAUAUUUGACGCUGUAACUUUUGAAAACACCAUAAAACCUGUACAUGAGGGGUACUGUUGUACUCGGGAGACUUCGCUGAACACAAAUAUUUGUGUUUCAAAACAGUAAAAAGUAUUGCAGCAAUAAUAUCAUCCGUGUAAGUGCUGUUUGUGCGUGAAAAAUGCAAAAAACUUUUACUGGUGAUAUCAUUGUUGUAAUACAUUUUACUGUUUUGAAACACUAAUAUUUGUGUUCAGCGAAGUCUCCCGAGUAAAACAGUACCCCCAAUUUACAGGUUUUAUGGUGUCUUGGAAAGUUAUAGGGUUAAAUAUAGUGCUAGCAAAUUAAAUUCCCUAUACUUUCAGGAUGGGUUGUCAGGCAGGUCCCGCUAAUUGUAAUUAAUUAGGAUACCUAAUUAUGUAAAAAUAUUACAUAAAUAUAUGUGUAGAAUUAAUAUAUGUAUAUAUAUACAUAUGUGUAUAUAUACAUAUAUAUAUAAUUUUUUAAAAUAUUUUUAUUUAUAUAUAGGUGUAUAUAUUUAGUGAUAUAUAUGUAUAUAUUUAUGUAUAUAGAUAUAUAUAUUAUUUCGUUCUACGUGUAUUUUGAUAUAAAUAUAUAUAUAUAUUAAUAUCACAAUACAGUUAGAACGAAAUAACAAACAUCUAUAUAUUUUUUUUAUUAUUUAUUUUUAAUUAUUUUUUUAAUUUUAUUUUUUUACGUAUUUACAUUUUUAUAUUAUAUAUAAAUAUAUAUAUAUAUAUAACAAUAAUUAUAUAUAUAUAUAUUUAAUCAGUAUUAGUCUACGUGUAAUUUGAUAGUAAUAUAUAUAUAAAUAAUUAUAUAUAUUAAUAUUUAAAUACACUUCGUGUAUUUGUAAAUGUGUGUGUGUGUGUGUGUAUAUAUAUAUAUACUUAGAUCAUAUAUAUAUAAUAUAUAUGAUCUAAGUAUAUUUUAUAUUUAACUGUAAUUUUUUUUUUUUACUAAUAUUUUAUUUAUUUUUACAGGACAGGGGGCAGAGACAGUGUCAGCCAGUGAUUUUACAUCACUGGCUGACACACAGGAUCAGUGAUCACAGUGACUGCCUGUCACUGUGAUCACCUCCUGCAGAUUGGGUAAUUGGCCACAGGAGGGAGUGCCUGGGUGGUACAAGCACUCCCCCCUUCCAAUCUGCAGGGUGAUCUGUGUGCCAGUUACAUGUGUCGGCCAAUGGGCUGACACAGCGCCAUAUGAUACGCAGUGACAGGCUGUCACUGCGGUCAGUCUUCUGGAUACGCGGUGACAUUGUCACUGCGUCUCAGGAUUAACGAAUCAGGUCACUGACCCCAGGGGGACUGCCUGGGGGUGGGUAAGUCCCCGACGCGUCUGCGCGAGAGGAAAACCCGCUGGCCCGCGUGUGUCAGCGAUUUGAGAAUGCGGCUGACACCGCGUCGCUAUUGAUAGCGGUGACGGCUGUCACUGCGAUCAGUAUUUAGUCAGCGGUCACGCGUACGGAAGUGCGCUGGGGGGUACGACCCGACCAGCGAUCUGCAGCGGGCGAAUAGCGCCGGCCACGUGGGCGGCCAUUAAAGUGAGGGCGUACUAUUACGCCCGCCGGCGUUUAGAGCCGGCUCCUGCAGGGCGUAAUAGUACGCCCUCCGGAUUUAAGGGGAUAACUUAACAAGUAAAACAUGGGUCAUUGCCCCCCAUACUCCGCCCUCGCAUCCUAUUCCUUCCAUUAACAUAUAAAGGGCAAUGACCCCCAUAUAAAUAAACAUAUAUAUAUAUAACAUACAUCAACAUUAUUCCAAUCGAUGUAAAGUGCCAACCAUCCAUUAGCCACGGCAGGGGUAUACCCGGAUACCCCUACCCCACCAGGUUCUGAGCCACCGACAGGACUCGAAACCUAUCAACCACCGAUGACCACCACUUGUUUGUUUUCCAUUACGUUCAUCCUGGGGAGCCUAUUUCCUUUCCUUCAGCUCCCCAUCCCGCCAUAAGCUCAGACCUUGACCCCUUAAGCCGUCUGAGCUCCGCCACCCCGAAGAAACAGCGCCUGCUGCAUACCAACCUGCCAACCCAAGUUGAGCAGAUCCCAACCCACCUCCAAAAGAUGAACCCCGUCCGAGCGGUAGUACCCUGGCAACCCCUCUUCCAACUCGCCGUGCCGUACCACCACGCCCCCCACCUUCCUAACAAAGCUUGCCAUCAAGCUGUUCACUUUCUUCCUGCAUUGAUUGAUCGCCACCGGAUCCCGGCGUGCCGCCACCGACGCCUUGGGACAAUCUCCGACCACACUAACAGAACCCCCGGAAGCAGGUCCCUCAGUUUGUUGAUGUCCUGCUUCAUCCAUUUUACCAACCGUCGUUGCGGCGUAAGGCCCAAGUCGUUACCCCCGGCAUGAAGGACCACCAUGUCCGGCGUUUUCCCGCCUGCAACCAUCCUAAACAUUGCCCCACAAACCUCCCCCCAGCAAAAUACCCGGUACCCAAACCAUCGGACUGCCAACUGGUCCUUCGGAAAGCCCAGCUGCUGGCCCUGUGUUCGAGCUGCGGCCCUCCUCUCGGCCCAGAAGACAAAAGAAUGUCCCACAAUCCAAGCAACCCGUCCUGGGGAGAAGAGGAAACAAACGUGAGGGAAAGGCAAAGGGAAACUCCCCCGUCCAUGCCCGCCCCCGUACCUUAUAUAUACAUAUAUAUAUAUAUAUAUAAACAUAUACAUACACAUACAUGUACACACACUUUUUUUUUUUGAUUAUUAUUCCAAUAAGCCCAACCGUACAUAUGAGCGGAACCGCACCGACUCCCAUCUCCCUAUGCACUUCACGACCUCAUCUCCUAGUCCCAACCGUGCGGCCUCCGUGGCUGCCCCAAUGCGAAAGGAGUGAGUACCAAAACGUCCGGCCGGAAGCCCCAACUUACCUAGUCCGGACCGAAAAACCUUUGUAAACUGAAAUCGGGACAGGGAAGAACCAUCCGCAUGUACCAAGAAGGAACCCCCUACCGCCGGCCUCCGAGCCAUGUACUCCGCCACUGCAGCCACCGGGCACAAUACUGCGCCCGGCAGCGCCCAUAGUGUUACGUACCGACCCACGCCGCGGACGUCUGUUUUGGAUCUACCCAGAUGCACAACCACCUUACCCUCCAAAACACGGACCCCCGAGGCCUGCAGACCCCCGGGCAUGACCCUACUGGCACUCACUAGCUCCCCCACGCGGAACGCCCCGAAGAAUGCCAAGAGAAAAGCCGCCCUGAACAAAGAGACCUCGAACCCGUUGAAACAAAUUUCCGGCAACCGACCCACCAGAUCCCCCAACACCCGUACAGACACCGGACGCCUAGAGGCACAUGACCUGCGGCCCUUUCGAUAACCCUUUAACGCCUGCCGAACUAGGAAGGUCUUGGUCAGAUCCUCCGUCCCGCGCCACCGGAACCAGAAUGCCAUUGCCGCCAUGGACCUGUCGACCACUGCCGGGGACGCCCCCUUUGCCAGCAAUUGACAGGUGUACCACAGAAAAGCGUCCCGCAGCGCAUCCCCACGUAAGCCAUGAUCCAACCCGUCUAAUGACCGUUCCCAAGAGUCCCAGACCUUACUGUAGGAGGCCCAUGUGGCCGGUGCCAGUGAAGCCUUCACAAGUCCCCCAAGCAGGACGCUCCCAGCUGCCAUAUCUCGUCCGGGCAUGCCUGCCCCUCCUUCAAUGCUCCUGGCGCCAUCGUCCAAAAUCGGGACCACUGAAAACGAGACAGAGCGUCAGCCACCUCAUUCAGGUACCCAGGGACAUGACGCGCGCGAAACACAACAUUCCGUGACAUACACAUUAACACAAAGCGCCGCAGCAACCUAACCACCGGCUUAGAGGCAGCCGAUUGAUUAUUCACCGCGUGCACCACCGCCAUGUUGUCCAAGAAAAAGACCACUUUCUGAUCCCGGAGCCCCUCGCCCCACAGUGCCAUUGCAACGACCAACGGGAAUAAUUCCAGAAAAGCCAGGUUGCGCAUGACCGGGCUGGACCCCCAUGUCUCCGGCCACCGCUCCGCGCACCAUCUCCCGCCGAAGUAGGCUCCGAAGCCCACACUACCCGACGCAUCCGUGAAGAGCUCCAGCUCCGCCGCCGACUUACCCGCCUGCCGGAAAAACACCGUCCCGUUGAAAUCCUGCAGGAAGGCAUCCCAAACGCCCAAAUCAGCCCUCAUGGCUGCCGACACCCAUAUGAAGUGGUGUGGGGAUCGAACCCCUGCCGUAGCAGCCGCCAGGCUGCGGCUGAAAACCCUCCCCAUAGGAAUUACACGGCAUGCAAAGUUCAGCAUCCCGAUCAGUGACUGCAGUUGCCGCAGCGUAACCUUGCGCGCAACGGCCACCGCAGCCACUGCCUCCCUGAGCCCCUCCAGCUUGUCCCGAGGCAGCCGGCAUUCACCCAAGAUUGAAUCUAUUUCCAACCCCAGGAAACUAAGGCACGUCGCCGGGCCCUCCGUCUUAUCCGCUGCCAGCGGCACCCCGAAGUGGCCCGCCACCCAUUCCAUGGUCCUAAGCAGUUGCUGGCAUGCCGAGGAGGCAGCCGGCCCCACGCAAAAGAAAUCGUCCAAGUAGUGCACUACUGAACGGCUCCCCGCCUCCACCCGCACCACCCAUUCGAGAAAAGUACUAAAUUUCUCGAAAUAGGAGCAUGAAAUGGAACAGCCCAUAGGGAGGCACAAGUCCACGAAAUAUUUCCCCUCGAAAAAACAUCCCAGCAGGUGGUGACAGUCCGGGUGGACCGGCAGCAGCUGAAACGCCGCCUCAACAUCCACUUUAGCCAUAAGCGCCCCAUGCCCGGCCCGUUUAACCAGCUCGACCGCCCGGUCGAAUGAUGCAUACGAGACCGAGCACAAGUCCUUAUCAAUACCGUCAUUCACUGACUCCCCUUUUGGGUAGGAGAGGUGGUGAAUGAGCCGGAACUUCCCCGGCUCCUUCUUUGGCACCACCCCGAGAGGGGAAACCCGGAGGCCCUCCAAUGGGGGUACCGUAAACUGGCCCGCCAUCCGCCCUAGCGCAACCUCCUUGUCUAGUUUUUCCCGUACCACCCCCGGGAAAUCCGCCACCGACUUCAGGUUGCACAACCCCCCCGAUCCCCCCCGCUCCCGGAAGGGGAUAAAGAAGCCCCGCCCGAAGCCUUCCCGAAGUACCGAGGCAUCAGCCCUGUUACCGUAGCGGCUUAGCCACGGCUCCAUCGCGUCUAGCCUCAUCGGUGUGAAGCCCCGGGGCAGGGGAAGCACUCCCUCCGGCCCCGGUGGCCGCUCCGGCGGUUCCCGCCUUCCCUUUUUUGAAACAGCGAUUGAGCCCAUGAGCACCCCCGCAACCGGAGCACUCAUGCUUAAAUCGACACGCAUUUCCCCAUUUGCACUGGCCCUCAUUGUAGAGCCAGCAGAAGCCCUUUUGUAAAGCGGCCGACGAGGCGGACUGCCCCUUCGCGCCGGCCGAGUUUGGAAAGGGCUGAGCCAUCAUUAGCUUCAUCCAGAGAGGCAGAUCCAUCUGAUCCCACCUCAUACCCGGGUUAGCCGCCAGUCGCUGCCUAAACUGUUCAUCGUACCGCCACCAUGCCAGCCCCCCAUAGGUGCGGUAUGCUUCCCAAAUGCCGUCCAAGUAGCAAAACAGGGACGAGCAUAAUCCCGGCGAUUUUUCACCGAGCACGCUGGCCAGCACGCAAAACGCCCUUAACCAGUUACCAAAGGAUUUUGGAAUCUUGCGAUACCGCUUCCUCUUCUCCUCCUCCUCCUUCUUCUCAUCCUUUUUAUCCUCCUCUUUGAGGUCAAUAAAGUCCUCCAAGGGGAGCAGGGAGAAGAUCUCGCAAAACUCACCUUUCCAGAGCUUCUCUUUCACGUCCUGUUUCAGAUGAACCCCCAGGGGGCCCGCAAAUGAGACGUACGCGUGCUGCCUCGCCGCGUCCGGAAUACCCCCGGCCAGUUCCGCCCUGUCACUCCCGGCCGCCAUCGCCUCGGGCGCCACCCCCACGUCCCCGCCCGAGCUAAGCCCCACGGAAACCCCACUAGGACCAGGGACCCGACCAACGCCGCCCCCCGUGUCACCCCCCGCCCCCAGUGAGUGGAGCAGUGCUUGAAGUGUGCUAACUAAGGAGCUGGAGUGUAGUGACCCACAAGACUCACCGGCCGAGCCCCCUGAUACUGGAGCGGCAGGGGCUGCGUCGUCGACUGCCCGAUGUCCAGGGAGAGCGACUCCCGCCGAUACCUCGCCAACCGGGGAGCCAAACCGGUGCCUUGCCCGUGUCGAUAUGGAACGGCUCCGUGACCUGAAAAGAGGAGAAGAGGUCCUGGGUAGGGUGCACUGAGUACUCGCUUCCCCCCCGUCCCGACCCUGGGAGCGCUUGCCCAUUGCCGAGGCCUCCCGCUGCGCCCCACGUGCGCGCUGCGCGCGGGAGCCCCUAGGGCUACGGCUCCUCCUGUCCCCUCCUGGCAACCGUCCCCGCCGACCACCCCUGGGGACGCUAGCCCUGCUCUCCCCUGAGCUUCCUGACAUGGAGCGGCGCUGCCGGGACCUCCCCCUCCUCCCCCUGGGCUCUAAGUCCCGAACCGGAGAGGGACUACCACUACUAGACCCUGAACCAGACCCCCCCUCCUACUACCCUGCACCCCCAAACGCUCACCCUUCCAGCGAGAGCCCGACCCCCCACCUGAACUGGCUCCCAGACUAAGGGGACCCGGACCCCACUCAACUAGACUGGCCCCCCCAACCCCUAAACCAGGCCUACCCGACCCUACCAGCACCGGCCUAGCCCCAGAACCCAAGGAGGUCCCCCUCCCCCUACCAGGUGAGCCCAGCAGUCCCUCCUCACCCACAGCCCCCCCACCCCUACCACUACUCCCCCCACCUAUGACCCCUGUGCCCCCCCCAUCCAUCACCCGCGAUCCCUGGGAGGCCUUCCCGCCCCCCACUUGGGCCCUCCGCCCUCCACCCCCUGUCAGGACCCCCCCAGCACUUCUCCCGCCAAGGGGGCCCCGGCCGGAGCCCCCUGCACUUGCCUUUGGGGCCGGGAACCGGCCACGUGUCCUCCCGGUCCCGGCCCCGCCGACCUCCGCCUCCGACGGGGUGGGCGCCCUCCCGGGCCGCACCUCCAUGCCGCCCGCUCCUCCCGACCGUCCCCCCGGCGCUGGGCCCCGGCCUGCUGUCGCCCGCACCGGAGCCUCCCGGACCACCAGGGACGUCUUCACCGGGUCCCCCACCCGGGCUUAGUCUCUCCGGGGGCCUCCUGGCCCGAACAGGCCUGCCACCGCCGCCGUCCCGGUUCGCCGCCUCCGCCAGGGCCGGGCCUAGCUGGGCCCUCAGCCAGUCAGCCCCCUGGUGCCUCGCCGCCGACCGGAUCCCCUCCAGCAGUCGCUCCACUUCGUCCAUCGGCCCUGCAGGGAGACAAAAGAAGAAAAAACCCUACCAAGCCAAAUCUGUGCCCACAGGAGCGAACACAAACUUAACCAGGUAGGAAAUUAGAAUGACUUACCUAAAAUGGCUGCCCAUUUAAAUAACCAAACCUACUUACCCAUAACUCCACUCUCUUGCUUACUUCCUCCUAAGCCCGACUCCUAACCCCUGUCAAGGCCUUUUUCCGCUUAGCUGCGCCUGGCUACAUGGGGCUACAAUAUAGUAAGUUAACAUAGCUCUAUGAUACCCAGCCCAAGUUGGCUCUUCUCACCUUAAUUGCUGCUGGCAGGCUGGUUGCUGUGACUGGUUGGCUGCUGGCAGGCUGGAUGCUGUGACCGGCUGGCUAGCUGCUGUGGCCGGUUUGCUGACAGGCCUCUUUCUUCUCCCAGCAGGCAUCUGUUUCUCCUCCAACCCCUUUGUAUGUCUGUUUUUGCCUUCCUCAGCCCAUCUGUGUGUCUUUGUUCCCCCCAGCCCCAAUUUAUGUCUUAGUGCCUCCCAGCCCCUGUGGGUGUCUGUGCCCCUCUUUUGUUGCCCCCCCUCCUGUGCCCUUCUUUUCACACCCUCCCCUCUUGUGCUGCUCUUCCCCCCGAGUCCUCUCUUGUGUACUUCUUUGGACCUCCCUCCUCCCCUCCUGUGCCCUCUUUUGCUCCACUUCCCAUCCGUGCCUUUUUUGGAUAGGGUCUGUCCUUAAAAUGCCUGACAGACAAGGAAUAUUUCUUGCCAGUUGAUGUAGUAUGUUACAAGUGUUUAGCUAAUAAAGGGGACUUAUCUGCCCACAGCUUAUGUGCUAUGCAUCGAGGGGCUACCGCUGCAUCCUCUAUAUCUACCUUUCUAAAUUGACUGGAGCACAAUAAGAGCAUUUAGGAAAGAAUGGUUGCCUGGUGGCAAUGUACUAAGGGAGAGACACCCAUGCCACCUCUCAAUCUAUUACAAUGUAAGAUGCUUUUUGCCACUGCAGGUUUUUAUGGCCAUUAAACUGGCACAGUAUUUUAAUUUUUGUCUUAUCUAGAUGUUUACCCUAAUUUAUAGCAUUUAUAGCUUUUCCUGUCCCCAACACCCACUUCUUCCAGAAAAAAACAUCAAGUGAGUGAAUAAUUACUUCACUAAUCACAUUUUCUUUCUUAAUUAGGAAUCAUCAAAGUGAUGAAAAACCCCAAAGAACACCUCUAGGUGGAAAGUGGUAUCCUGGACAGAGUGAUGGGUAUGUACAAAUAGAUCUACAACCUCAUUAUUCUGAUACUUCCAAAGAUGACAAAAUACACCAUGUUACUCCAACAGAGGCCAAAACAACUCAAGAGCAUGCAACAGCCCUAGUUAAGACUGUGGAGGAAAAUUAA